AUGGCUUCUAAGCCUGGAGCGGACUCUAUAAGUAAUGAAGAUGACUAUAUGAAUAUGAUCUUUGAAGACCCUACCCCAUCUACCAGGAACGAGACCUUGACGCAACGAAAGAGGCGACUUGCUCGCGAGGCUGAGACCAAAGCACGACCGAAAUCAAAGGCGGAACUCGCAGAAGAAGCACACAAGAAAAGAGAAUCAGCAUUGAACUCUGCAACACUAGACACAAGCAAUAAAGGAUUUAAAAUGAUGGCAGCAUUAGGGUACAAGCCUGGGACGGCAUUAGGUGCAACCCGACAGGGCGCAGACGGAGAGACAGACGAUCGAUUGCUUGAGCCGAUCGGGUUGGAAAUGAAGGAUUCACGCAGCGGAAUUGGGGCGGAUGCCGAGAAGAAGCGAAAGUUUAGAGAAGAGGUGGAAGCACAACAAGACGCCGAGAAGAAGAGAAAAGUCGAGACUAGCGAGUUCCGAGACAGACAGCAGAAGGAGCGCGAAGAGAAGCGGACAGAAGGACAAGUCUGGGGUGCCAUGAAAGUGUGUGAGAGACUCGACGAGGAAGAAGAGACUACCAAGUCUGCGGACAACCCUACGGAUUAUACGAGGCGAAAGCCGACCAAACCGUUGAAGAGUAUCAAUGUUUUGUGGCGCGGCCUCGUCAAGCAAAGGGCACUCAAUGAGCGUGAUCGCAGGAUGCGAUAUGGCCUUCGUCAAUCGCUCUCAAAGCGUCCUGACUACAAUGAUCUAGAUGAAGAAGGGGACGACAAAAUGGCGCUGGAAAAGAAAGCAGAGCUCGAGGAAGUUGAUGGGGAAUUGGAUGAAGAAGACGAGGAGCUGGAGGAAUAUGAGGCACUAGAAAUCUCUGAGAAGCUGACGAGGCUGGUGGCAUACCUUCGAGCAAGAUGGAAUUACUGUUUCUGGUGUAAGUACAGAUACCCAGAUAGAGCGAUGGAAGGAUGUCCAGGAACCACGGAAGAGGAUCAUGACUGA